AUGACUAAUCUAGGUGAUCCAUCAGUCAGUGCUCCUGUUGACUUUCUAAGAGAAGAUGUCAAAUACGCACAAGAGCAUGACUUGCAGACUUUGAGUCUCUUUACUCCAAGUCAAACCAAAGAUGAUAAGUCUCUCACGGGAGCCGUUGGAGAACCUUCCACAACUUCAUCCAAGAUUUGGGUAAUUUAUAUUCAUGGGGGGGCGUGGCGUGAUCCACUUGUGACAUCCUCUUCUUUCAUUCCCACGAUCAAUUACCUUGUGUCUUCAUCUAUUGAAUCCAAGAUCGCCUCAUUUGCAAGCAUCAAUUAUCGUCUAUCUUCUCAUCCAUCCUUCCCUCAAGAUUCUUCUUCAGUUCCGAGGCACGAAUACCGCAAUGCUAAGCACCCUGAUCAUAUACAAGAUAUAUGUUCUGCACUAUCUUAUUUACAAUCUAAAUACUCUAUCGAAGAUCAAUAUCUACUCGUUGGUCAUUCAUGCGGUGCAACACUAGCAAUGCAAAUUUCGAUGGGAAAAGAAUAUUUACAUUCUUGUGGUAUACCAGAUGAACAUUUGACAUUCAAACUCCCACGAUAUGUUCUCGGAGUAGCUGGAAUUUACGAUUUAAGAUUGCUUCGUGACACAAAUCCUCAUCCUGCAUACAAUGAAUUUCUCACUCAAGCAUUCGGGUCUGACGAAAAAAUCUGGGAUGAAGUUUCACCAGCCAAAUUUUCCAGUUUUGAGGAAUUUGGAAAGACUGGAAAGAUUCUUGCUUUUGCUACUUCACCAGAUGAUGAGUUGGUUGAUGAGAUACAAAUCGAUGUUGUGGUGAAGAAUGUUCAUGGUAUUAAUGGAGGAGUAGUGGUGAAAAAUCUCAAAAAUCAUCUGAAGGGAACUCACAACAAAAUAUGGGAGACUGGAAAUUUGGCCAAUGCUAUAGUUGAGGUCUUGAAUUCAUCUGAGUAG